AAGAGACAAUUGUAAUUGGAAACUAAUUGGAGAGAGAAAUCCGCAAUGGGAGCAUUGACGCUUACGCAUCCCACAGGCACAGGCUAGCAGAGUAGAAAAACAAGCCACUUCUGCUCAUCGACGUUUUUUCACUUGUGCAGCUGCAAGAAGGCGCAAGACCAAAAGUCAAGAUGGCCGACGAGCCUGCUUUUGAGGAGGUCUGGCAGGACCGGGAGAUCAAAUUUGACCAGAACCCGCAGGUGCAGAAGUUGCGGAAGGGCGAGUUCUAUCUAGUGAAAAAGUUGGAUCGUGCACGUGGUUAGACUAAUCGCGACAUACUUGCAUGAAGUUCAUCAAGACAGCUCUGCUGCUUUCUCACGACAUGCUGAAUCUUUCCUUCUGAAAAUGUACAUUUGUGAUGCGGUUUUUUUGAUUCGCUAGUUCUACCAGUGCGAAGAUACCAACCUUGUAGAAAAAUGCAUAGUUUCCAAAUCGACAGCAUCAAUGCGGUGGAAGACACGAAGGGGAACAACGGGGAUCGCGGCAUGCUGAUCGUGACGAAUUUGCGCAUUCUCUGGACGUAUGGAUUGCAAAAAUGUCUGGGUGGUCUGGAAGGAUACAACUUGUGAUGCCACUUUUGGAAUCUACAUAAAAUCUGUAUUGCACGAACAGCAAAAGAGGUGUAAUUUGUGCUACGCGGAGAGGGCGUUUCUCAUGCGGUAUUAGCAUCAGAACGCCCUCGCAAAAUCUCUGAUGCUAGGGCAUGCAUCACAGACCUCAUGGGUCAUGCAAAAUCUGCAUGACAAACUCCUGCAUUCUUCCAGACCCAGACAUUUUUGCAUUUCAUAGGACGUCCGCGAAGUCAGCGCGAACGAAUCUGAGCAUCGGGUUCUCCUGCGUGACCAACGUGAACAUCAAGCUGGUCAACAGCCGCCUGCGUGGCAACACCCAGGCGCUGUUCGUGAUGACGCGGUUCAACAAUACCCGGUUCGAGUUCAUUUUCACUUCCCUGGUCCGCAACUCCCCCCGCUUGUUUACCACCACGCAAGCGGUCUUCAAAGCCUACGAGUCCACCAAGCUGUAUCGGGACCUGAAGCUCCGCGGAGCGAUCAUCAGCAACAAGGAGUUGUGCCUGCUCCCCAACGAGCAGGUUUACGAGAAGGUGCAGGGAAUCUGGAACCUUUCCUCCGACCAGGGGAACCUGGGGACCUUCACCAUCACCAACGUGCGCGUGGUCUGGUUCGCGAGUCUGGCCGAAAACUUCAACGUGUCGAUUCCCUACAUGCAGAUCAAGUCCAUCAACGUGCGCAACAGCAAGUUCGGACAAGCGCUGUAUGGAUUGUAAAAAUGUCUGGGUCUGGAAGAAUGCAUGUUUGUCAUGCUUGUCUGGCAUGAAUCUUAAAUCUGUCAUGCACUUUACCCAAGAGCUCCAUUCUUCUGUCAUGCAGAAACGCAGUUUGUCAUGCAGAAUAGGCAACACCUACCUAGAAGCCCAGAAACUUGCCAUGCAGAGGCAGCACUUGUGGCUUCCUCAUGAUAUGCCACCCAGCAUCACAAGUUUCCAGACCCAGACAUAUUUGCAAUGCAUACGCUGGUGUUGGAAACGACCCCCGGGUCCGGUUCCUACAUACUCGGAUUCCGAGCGGUAUGGAAGCGUCAGGUUUGAAAUCGUCAAAGUUGAAAUAAUUUGUAAUGCAUAAAAUGCGACACAAAAAGCGACUCUGUUGCAGAGGACCCACGGGAGGCAGAUUAUAGUCCUGGUAAGGGUCAAAAGUUGGACUGCUAACUAGCAUGACAGAAGGCAGCUCUUUUGCCCUAAACCGCAUGACAGACUCGCUUCCAGGACCGGGAAAAUUUGUCAUGCACCGACUACAAACUGUAGGUCUAACUGGUAUCCGUUUUAUGCAUGACAAACUAUUUCAACUUUGACGAUUUCAAACCUGACACAUCCAUAAGCGGACCCAGUCUCGCACCUGGAGGAAAUCCGGAAGCAGAUCGCAAAAUUGUGGAAAAUUUUCAGAUAUGCACCGCAAAAGAUAGGGAAAGACAGUAUAGCUCUACAGCUUUCUGAGCAUUCUACUUGGUUGCCACGGGGAUAAAGAAGAUCUGGUGGAGUAAGGGUCAAGAUAUGCAAUUCGGCCUGGUGAAAAAUACAAAUUGAUAUUGAAGAGUAAGGAGUGUGAUGCACUUCGCUUCCACUCGCUGCUCCAAUUGUGCCCUAGUACCGCUGUCGUGCAGGAUUUUGGAUACAUGACGUUUUACUUCUUUUGCUUAUGCUUUUGCCGUGGAUAUCACCCAGAAUCCGGUUUUUGGGGUUGAUUUCACGAUCAGUAAGCCCGAGGAUGACGAAGAAAACGAGGACGGCGGUCCUGCCGCCGCGAACAAACCGCCGGUGCCCGUGCCGCAGAAGGAGGACGACAUUGAGCUGUUAGACAACGACGACGUCGUGGAGCCGUCGAUGCUGUACCAUGCGGACGGCGAGAAGGAUUUUAUCACCCAGGAGCCCGUGUUCAACGCGGAGAUUGGGCUGGCGAUGGAACGACUAAAGGAGGGAGUCACGCUGGAAAAGCUCUGGAGUGUGGUGUAGGGAACACGAACCUUGGAAUAAAAUACAUAGUAGCACAUCGACAAUGCGUAGUACGUGUAUUCUUUGCAGGCUAUCAUCUGGAGGUAGUUCAUCUCCUGUACAGAAGAUGAGCGCCAGGUGGAGUCACAAGUGCUGGGCGAGCAACCCCAUUAAGACUCAAUCGCUCCUCGUACUACGUAGUUUUUUUUUCAAUAAAGUAGAAGUUGAUCAGCUUGAGGAAGAUAGAACUAGAAUUCCACCUUCGGGACCUACGUACUUUAGCCGGCUCAACGUUCCCGUCUAAAUGCAUAGGAGGUUUGGCGCUGUUUGACUGCGGCGCAUCAUCGAAAAUAGGGCGGGUUUUAUUGCGG